UGAUCCUGGGCGAUCUUCCGAUUGUUUCUACCACAGUAUUCAAGCUACGGUCCAUGGCUGAGACCGUGGCAUAUCGUCCGCACGCUCCCCAUGCCUUCUCCGACAGUCGAAGAUCUGCUUCCUCCACCUCAGGCUCCCACAAGUCAACCGUCUCUCAUGCGGCUUCGCACUACAAAGUUUCGUCGCAGAGUUCUCUAGUCCCUCCUUCACCUCGCGGGUCUUACCGGUCGUCGCAAAGAGUUUCUACAGUGCCAGAAGAUGGACCUUACCGUCCUAAGAAGCGGCUCAAGUCACAAUACCCGCUGCAUUCGGGCGAGCAUCAUGUCGAGUACAUCUUGGUCGCGUCUUUCGACAUCGACCGUGGACCGAUUAUGGAACACCAGUUUCCUGGCGCAAUCAGCCCUGAUGAAAAUAUGUUGGCAGAGUUGAUGUUGCCCGAUCAGACACAUGUCCGGCAGCAGGAUUGGACCAUGUUCUUCCUUCACAAAGACACCGGCGAGAGUGAGGAGGAUCUAGCAGAGAAGGAAACAAGGCGACAGCAAAGAGCCGCCAGAAGGCGUCUUCGAGAAGAGAUGGCUGUGGCGGGAGUCACUGAGGAGUAUGAAGAUGAGUCCAGCAGUGAUGAAAGCGAUACUGGCGGGAUAGACAACCCUCCCCUGAUGUAUGUGCUGAAUCUGGUCAACACGAAGCAAGACAGUACCGUCAAACGAGGCGCUGUGGUGAAGGCCAUGGCCAUCUGCACGAGACAUUCAUUUCUGCACAUAUACAAGCCGCUCCUUUUACUGGCUCUGGAGGAUUAUUUCAAGUCACCCAUACCAGACACUCUAGAGCUGUUAUUCAAUGCUCUCAACAACAUGGAUUUAUCCUUGAUGCCAAAGCUUUCAGUUCUUGAACGACAUAUUCUGCAAGCAAGCGAUACCAAAGACAUGUUUGUGGAAAAGUUUGAACAGAUGAUCUCCCAGCGACUCGCUGACGAAGCUCUGAGCAAGAUCAGUGAGGCACCAGAAUCUCCGAGCAAGGCUGAACCGAAAUAUACGGUUCCUCGCGACACCCAUGAGUUCGAAUCGAGAAUAGUAUACAAUGGCAUUCCAGUACCUGUCAAAAUUCCUACUGCAUUAUCUCCAGAGACCGUCGGAGACUUCUCUUUGAUCAAGCUGGUUCAGAUCUUCGGAGGGCCACACCACUCCCAGCCCCAACCUUUCGCAUUGCAUCCUCAUCUCACAACCUCGGGUGCAUACACACACCCCAUCAUCGUACUAAUCAACGCCAUGUUGACCCAGAAACGGGUCAUCUUCCUUGGACACAAUCGACCUUCGGGCGAAGUGGCAGAAGCUGUACUCGCGGCCUGUGCUCUUGCAUCAGGAGGCAUUCUUCGGGGCUUCACACGGCAUGCUUUCCCGUACACGGACCUCACCAAGAUUGAUGAGUUACUGAAGGUACCCGGCUUCAUAGCAGGAGUUACCAACCCUGCUUUUUCUUAUCAUCCCGAAUGGUGGGACCUGCUCUGCGAUCUACCGUCAGGCAGAAUGAAGAUCUCAUCGUGUAUCGAAACGGCUCCAGUGACCGAAGGCACCACGUACUUCCAGCAGCACGGCCAUGCGGUGCUGAACCACAAGGAUGCAGCGCAUGCCGAUGCCACUGGGGACAUCCAUUUCAUGGAAGACAUAACCCGGAGCAUCGCCUCCCGAGCUGGAGAAUCAAUUGUCAGGGCUAAAUUCCGUGCCUACAUUUCCAAAUUUACUUGCGUCGCAGCCGCUUUCGAAGAGACUGUAUAUGGAGCGAGCAGUUUGAGCGCCCUUCCUCCGACCGAAGUUGACAAGGUGGAGACACCUUCGUCUGCCACCGCCACUCCACGACCAAUGUCACUGAGGACGUCUAGUCAGAAUCUCAAGGGCCAUGGAUAUGUAUGGUCUACCGAGGACGCAAAGACGCGGGAGCUUGCUGCCUCGGCGGCUAGGAUUGAAGGAUGGAGGAACACUCGAUCGUAUCACUCGUUCAUCCUUGACCUAGCCUCUCAUUCGCAAGACUCGAUAUCUCCGACCUCACCGGUCAGCAUGACCAAUAUGCUGGCACGAGAACCACUCAAACCAUAUGUUGAUCUCUAUCAUUCGCUGUCCAAGCUCCGGAUGCUACGCUUGACUCCGACGGAAGCUGGGGCGAUUUACCUUGCGCUCGAGGCAUACUGUACCGACUAUGAGAGUAUUCUUGAAUUAUUGGAGAAGGUUCCAAUGUCGGAAGCUGGACUUUUCUACAUUGGCCUCGGGCUGUGGCACGAAGAUCAACGAGUGAGGAUGGCAGUUGGGACACUUCUGGAUCGCAUCAGGCAACACCCGGCUGGAAGAGUAUUCUUCAGCCGACUCGGUGGCUGGGCCAACAUGGGUUUUACGAGGUGUUUACAGGAGAAAGAGGCCAGAAUGCGUCAAAAUCAACAUGACACGGAGGAGAUGAUGGCACCUCUCACGAUCAGUGGUGAUGGACGACGAAGCUAGGAUUGCCAGUCUGAUGAUUGGGUAACGAUUGUUUUGACGAUGAAAUUGAUGCCAGAGCUUUCUUAAUGAUUCAUAUUUUUUCACCAG